UGAAUGGACGCACUCACGCAUUUGAAGCUGAUUGACGCAAGAGCGCACGCACUAUUACACACACUCACACACGCACACACCCACACACACCAUUUGUCAAUCGGCGUUUGACUUACCCGACGUCACACGACGUGAGUCUCCCACCGUCUCAUCAACCUAAUUUUUCUGCGCAACGACCCUCGCGCUCGCAGUCUUUCACAGUCAUGAUGCGACGAAGUGCGUGACACUUGGUGUUUUUGUAACACGAGAUGUCUAAGAAGAAGAGCAUGGAUGUUUGUCUGCGCAGAUUGAAGCAGGAGCUGGUGUCCAUGAAGGAAGCAGGAGAUGGCCUCCAUGCUCAGAUGAAUUCCAUGAUGGGAGCGCUCCAGGAACUCAAGCUCCUUCAGGUUCAAACCGCUCUAAACAACCUCAACCUGUCAGCUCGACAUCUGCACGAUACAACAGUUUCGGACACCAGUGCUUCAGAAGCAGAUCCCAGAUUGUGCUUGUCCAACAAUCCCAGCACAAGUCCUGAGCCGUCAACAGAUUUCUCACAAAGCAGAACCAGUGAAGGGACACUGUCCUCAUCCAGCUCCAGUCUGGAAAUGGAGAGAAGUGAGGAAGGAGACAUGGAAGCUGUACCACAGAGAUGGUCGGGCUACGUGGCACCGCAAGCGGAUUUCUACGGACCCACGGUGGGCAACCCUCCACCCGAGCCAUACAUGCAGCCUUCCAAGCGCAACCAACCGGUGGAUCUGCCAGGCAUCCUCUACAGCCUCUCCAGAGAAGGUCCGUCGCUGGAUAACGACUACUCCCAAGACAGCACGGAUGAUGCCGGUGACUGGACUUCCUCUCUCAUGAACCGAAGCCGCAAUCGCCAACCCCUAGUGUUGGGCGAUAACAUCUUCGCCGACCUUGUUGGCAACUGGCUGGACUUGCCAGCGAUUGAACCGGAAGAAUCAGGGGAAGAGGGGGUGAAGAGAGCAGCAGAUGAGGGCAAUGACAGACCCGACACCCCGGCACACCCGCUGCGCCUCAGCCGAUCACAGGAGAUCUGCAGGAAGUUCUCACUCACAACCAAUAUUUUCAAGAAGUUCCUUCGAGGCGUACGACCUGACAGGGACAAGCUGCUCAAAGAGCGGCCUGGCUGGAUGGCUCCAGAGCUCUGUGAGGGCAACCUAGUCAAGAGGCCUAAAAAAUCAGUUUCAAAAAGCUCCAAAGGGAGCUUUUACCUGCCUUUCUGGGCCAAUGGACCACAGGGAAAAGUGCAGCUAGACACACAUCCAAGUAACCAAACCCAUAUUCAGCAGUACCAAGAGAAGCCGUUUACAGGGAUUUACUUAGACCGGAGACGGCCGGAGGGCAGACAGCGGAAAAUGCAACCCUUGUUUGACUACAACACAGCUGUGUGGGUCUGAUGGUGGGCCAACAGACUCGCACCCAAUUGGACUGGCAGCAGGUGCAUGGUGAAAGAAUGACUGUUAUCCAAAAACUUCACAUGCACAAUACUAUGCUGCGGUUUAGUCUGACAAUCAGAGAAGCUACAACCUUUUUUGCAGUGUCUUUUGUGCAUUCUACAUGUUUGCAUUUUUUUCAGGAUGUCUGACUGGCUCUUGACAAUUUUGGAAAGACUGUACUUUAAGACUUUAAAAAGACACUACACUCUUUGGUCGCAUGGAUUUGUUUAAUAUGUGGUAUGACAGGGGUCUCAAACCAAUUCCACAAAAAGCCGGAGUGGGUGCAGAUUUUUAUUCCAACAGAUCCAACAGAGACAUUUUAACCAAUGAGGCUUCUGCUAAAACAAGCAAUCAACUGAUUACAUCUGUAAGACACCAGAUUGGUGGAAAAUUGUCCUCUUGUUUAGUUAGAAUGAAAACCUGCACCCACUGCGGCCAACCAUUUGUUUGAGAACCCUGCGGUAUGACGUCACAAUAUACACACUUAAACAUUCUUUGUUUCCAAAAUGCUUUGGAAAUUGAUUUUCAUACAAUUUAAAACAGUUCCUUAAUCUUUUAAGUAUGGUUGAGCUUGCUUUUAGGGGCCACCCCUGUUUUGUUCAAGUGAGAAACUAUAUCUGCCCCACAAACUACUGGUCCAAUGCCAAUUCUGGCUUAUAUUACUAGAGUUAAUGGGAGGAAAGCAUUUUCAUUUAUUGACUCAGUCACAUCACUAAACACUAAUACUACACGGUUGCGUAUUUCUGCAUGAUCUCACCUGUGAAAGUGACCAUGUCAUGGGUAGAGAAACUGUUUAAUAUUGUUCUGAUUGGUGGUAAGCGACGCAGCUAUGUGUCUACAAGUUAUUAAAAAGUCAGUAUUUCCCAAAGUCAAUAUUUCCCACUGUUACCUUGCUAGCCAAUCACAAAGCACUUACAGUAUAGACAAACAUCUACAGGCACAGUAACAAAAGAGUCUUCCAUUAAUGUUUUCCUUUAACCAGCUUCCAAAUACACAAUCUUUUGGUUUUCCGUGGAACUUUGUGGGAACCUUAACAUUGUCUUCAGUAAGCUAACAUGCUGGAAACCUCUGUGACUCCAUUUAAAUAAGGCUGAAAAGUUUUUCGGUGUGUACUACGGUAGACAUAUCAUUCAAUUCUGAUAUAACUACCUCAAUGUCUAAAAUAUACUUGGCUACGUUGAGGGUGUGCAUCAUUGAACGAACAAAAACAUCAAGCAUCAUAAUGUGCUUUAAUACGAUUUGAGUGAGCUCACAACAUUUUACCGUGAAAAUUGGAACAGUAUGCCACUAUGACCAGGAUAGACACUGGGUGGACUGGCUGUGAAUGCUCAUGUUCACUGGCAGCCUUUCCCAGUAAAAACGGAUUGGGCGUCUAGUCUUGUCAAUGGCAGCCAAUGAGGUAAUGUAUCAUUUGAAUGUAGUGGGACGUUAAAACCGUAAAAGGCUGCCGAUGUUUACACGAAACAGCUUUGUGACAUAAGGCUGGAUGCUAGAGUGGUCAAUCCUUUUUUGGCCUGUCCCAUCAUUGCAUCAUGUCAGCCCCCGCAGGAAAUGAAAAGCAAUAGAGUGCAUGACUAGUUCACUUCAGUUCAAUUUUUAGUGGUGCUUUCUUUUUGCCAGCUGUCAUGUCACAUAUUCUUAAUGACUCGACUGUGUGGCACACUGAGUCAACCGUCGGUCCACAUGGGCUUCGGGCAUUGUGGAGGGGGUGAGUAUGGCACAGCUGACCACUGACGGCCAUCUGCUAUCAGGGCAUUAAGAAUAUGACUGGAAUUAUUAAAUUAUGUACUGAUCUUGUACAUAUUACACUUGUAACAUUGGUAGAAUGCAAGGACAAUCUUCUAAAUGUCUGUUUUUUUCUUAGCACCCCCAAAUCGACCAAUCAAGAGGAGCCAGCAGGGAUUAGGCCGCUUUUUUUUUUUGCCUCUUGGCCAGUUGAGCCGUAUGGUGUAGUCUCAGGAUCCAGGUCACACACAAAGUUAGCAAUAUGGCUUCACUCACACUGCUGAUGUCAUUUUGUUUGCUCCCAAAUUUGGGAAGUCUCUGCAAAGUGUUUGAUGUUUUUUUUUUUUUUUUAAAGUGAUGAAAGUGGUGUUUUGUAAACUUGUCCCAUGACUUUUGUAUACAAUAAAUUUGCUUGAAGAAACUAAAGUUGUGUGCAUCAC